AUGCAUGACAACGAGCGAGUCGAGCCGUCAAGGGAUGACGAGGAAUCGUCCGCUGCUUAUGAGAGCCAAGGGUUCAACUAUCCCCAGCUAGGCCCGAGUUACCACGCCCCACAAUACACAGUCGUUAGGGAUGUUGAUGAGGGCUUAGGUGGAGAUGCCAUGCUUCGGGUCCGUAUCCGCGCCUCGAAGGAAGCAUCCACGUUAGCCGAACAAACCCUCACUAGGCGUUCCCUCGUCCCAGCCUUUGACCCCGCGUCCAACAACCUGCUAAAUGCCCUCGAAGAUAAGGGAUCAGUCAGAAGUUUGGUUCUCCACGCCCCGGGACUAUCCGCGUCUGCACAAGCCGUCUCGACGCCUCGGUCGGUAGUAUUCUGGGCCCUCUUUCUCUUCCAGUACCUUGCGAUCAAGUUCUACCGCAUCGUUAUCCACCCUCGAUAUGUGUCUUCCCUCCGCCACCUCCCCGGGGUAAAAAAGCCUGACGUGCUAACCCCUCACAAGAACAACCACAUCCUCUUUGGCCAAACCCUCAACCAGUUCCUCUCCGGCGAUCCAACCCAGCCGUACGUCUCCUGGGUCCGCAAAUGGCCCGACGCCGACAUGAUCCGGUACAACCUCUUCGGGACCAUGCCCGCCGUCCUCGUCACGAGCCCCGAGGCCUUCCGCCAGAUUCUGCAGCCCUCCUGCUACGAGUUUACCAAGCCUUCCUGGUACAAGCGGCUCAUCUUCCCCAUAGUGGGUAAAGGGUUGGUGUUUCUGGACGGGGAGGAGCACAAGAGGCAUCGGAAAAUCAUUAGCGGAGCGUUUGCGCUGUCGCAUCUAAAGCAGCUCAUCCCCUUGAUGGAGGACAAAGCCACCGAGCUCUGCACCCACCUAGACACCAUGAUCGGAUACGAUCGCGGCGUAAUGAACCGCCUCGCGCUGACCGCCAUUAACUCGAUCGUGCCCAUCCGCUGGAUCUCCGUCGGCGAGAAUCGCCGGUUCAACCGCGCCAUCGCCCAGCUGCACGAGCUGCUGCGGCGCAUCAUUAGCGAGAGGAUCGCUGACAUGGACAAGGAAAAGACGCAAGGGGUUCUAACGUUCAUGGCCGCUGGCCACGAAACAACGUCCAACACGCUCGCCUGGGCGAUUCACUACCUGGGACUCAACCGUCCGAUCCAAGAUAGAUUACGAAAGGAGAUGAUUGAUGCGGUAGGCCCAACGGCCCUGGGAAUGGAAUACAACACAAUCGAUAGUCUUCCUCUGCUAGAUAACGUGUACCGCGAGAUUUUGCGAGUUAAAAGCUCAGCAACAUUUGCAACCCGCGAAUCCAUCAACGAUGUGGAAAUUUGUGGCACCGUCAUUCCCAAGGGGACGACGCUUAUGUUGAUGCCUAGUGCCAUCCACCAGAACCCCCGCAUUUGGGGCGAUUCCGUGGAUGAGUUUGACCCUGACCGAUGGGAUCGUCUUGAAGGGGAGGCGGCUAAGCCCAAUGCAUUCUCCGCCUUUUUCAUGGGACCCCGAGGCUGCAUCGGCCAAGUUUACACAAGGUUAGAGUUCAAGGUCAUGAUGAUUGCCAUCAUUCGUCGGUUCGAGUUUGACGCCAUCGAGAAAGGCGAAGUCCCCUUGGUGAACCCUAGCGUCGUUCUUCGUCCGAAGGGUGGGUUGAGGGUCUUUGCCCACAGACUGACUCCAAAGGUCUAA